GUGGAACCUCAACCCAGCACGUUAUCGUGAUAGAGCCUGCAGAUGCAGAAGCUGCAGGUCCUGGGGUCAAGCAGGAGAGGUCUGAAGGAGAGGAGGACCCACAGCACAGCAGAGGCAUACAGACUGGAGCACCCCCUGUAGCCAUGGAGGACCCCACCACCACCCCAGCACAGCCCAAGACCCGAGGCAGAACCACGGAGGUCAGUGGAACGCAGAACGCCGCACUCAAGUCAGAGACCGACACAGAGACUUUAACUGUAACACACAGAUUCUUACACACAGGAUCUGACCACAGAUCAGACGCAGAGACACUGGGGCUGGGGAGACUGGGCUGUCCUCCUGCUCCUGUCUCAGAGUAUUUACUUUAUGGUAACCAGAGCUCAAGGACGGUUCAUUCCCAUCCGAACUCAGGUCACCUGUUAGAGACUGGCAAUGAUCCGUCUUGUUCUUACACUACAGAGAUGGACAAUGGCAACAUGCUCAUGGGUUUAGAGACACAGACUGAUCUGUCUAGAGGGGACUGGAACCGGUACAGUAGUAGUGUAUACUCUGAAGGGUGCCUAGAUAAGAAAGGGGAGGGUCUGGUUGUAGAUGAGGUGAAAGUGGAGGGUGACGCUCCUCCCACAUGGAAUGCAGAUAGUCACCUAGGAGACAGACACUCACAGGGCAGAGAUUUCUUAGAUUACAGGGAAAGCUUGGAGACAAAGCCAAAUGUCGCGACCCACUCCCCUUUACACGCACUCAGGGAUCACGACCCAGUGCCCACGUCAAUCGGGCCUUCCGAUUCUCACGGCCACGUCCUUUUCGAUCAGGUAUUGAACUCAAACAACAGGGCUAGAGCCCGGCUCAGGAGAGGGCCACAUCAGGCGGUAGUAAGAGAAACGGUUCCUCUGCAUGUUCUGUAA